GUAAAUUCACCAGUGGGAUUCACACACGCCUCCCAUCUCCCAUGUUUACGUCAAAUCCUUACCAGCAGCGGAUCUUAUUGGAAAAGUGGGGCUACAAACGUCAACGUAUGACCUAGAAACCAUUGAAAAGUUCUCCGAGCUGAUAUUUCCAUUAACACCGUGGAUAGAGAAGAUUCCUUAGCUGUUUGGUACAAGAAGAAUCUUGAUAAGUUGAACUAACUAGAAACGUUGCUUGAACAUCAGCACAGUGUGAGGAGAGCUCCCUACUCUGGCCUCCUUCCAGGGAACCAACAUGUCCAGUGACCCCCCUCCUCCUUACCCAGGGGGCCCCAGUGCCCCAUUUCUUGGGGAGAAAAAUGGACAACCUCCAGUUCCUGCAGCCAGUGCUCCAGUAAUGACAGGACCUCCACAAGGGCAGCCGCUGCCUCCAGAAUAUGGACCUCCACCUUAUGAAGCCACGCUUCAACCUGGCUUUGUUCCUCCGCAUGUCCCAGGAGAAGGUCCCAUGCCUAAGCCUGUGCAUAUGCCAAUGCCCAUGCCUCAUCCUCACGGUGGUUACUAUGCUCCACCUGGGCACUUUCCUCAUCCGAUAGCAGAGCACUGUGGCCCGGGGCCCAGUCACUUUGCUCCAGGUCACACAGCCACAGUUCUCGCCCCUCCUGGUGCCACCACCACCACCGUGACUGUUCUACAGGGAGAGAUGUUCCAAGCGGCUCCAGUGCAGACGGUUUGUCCACACUGCCAGCAACCCAUCACCACCUGCAUCAGCCACGACAUCGGCUUCACGAAUACUCUUAUCUGUAUGUUCUGCUUCUUGGUCGGUUGUGAUCUAGGUUGCUGCUUGAUCCCCUGUUUUAUUGAUGACCUCAAGGAUGUGACACACACUUGCCCGAACUGCAAGGGCUAUAUUUACACAUAUAAGCGCAUAUGCUAACAGUUUAUCCCAUCAACAAUCAUGCUGUGACCUCGUUCUGGUGGGUGUAGACAACCAGUUUUCAUUUCCCUCUCGUCUCUGUGGUCAUUUUGCCUCAGCUGACAGUUCAUACUUCCAGCCAACUCUCAUUUUGUAACUAUUGAUUCUCAUAUAUAUAUAAUUUGACAUGCCUCUAAAAUUAAGCAGAGGUGAUUAGCAGUCAUUGAAGGAUUGGCACAUUUUAUAUGCACAAUGGUCAGUUACAUUAUGUCAUCCAAGCACAAAGUUUUUUUUUUCUUUUCUUUUUUUAGCAGUAGAGUAUACAUUGUAUACAUUUAGAGAAUAUGUGAAAACAUUAACCCUGAAAAGCUCAUUUGUGAAUAUUACUGGGUAGCGAAACUAAAUGAAGUUCACUUCAGGGUCAGUAUUGUUGGAUUGUAGGAUUAUUAUUUUAUGCAUUAUUGUUUAAAGUCUUUGAUGGCUGGGUCUGGGGCUUUUGAAGUCCUGGAGUAAUGUGGUUGCUUUUACAUGUCUCUAUAGCUGGCAUUUUAUGCAAAUGUUAUGGGAAUUUUUUUCUUUCACUUUUGUUUUCAAUUUCUUAUAUUUGUUGAUAAGACUCAUUUCAAGUCGAUUUGAUAACAGGCGUUGUUGUAUAGAUGUGUCAUUUUAGAUGAAGGAUUUCUAUUGAUAAAGGGAUCUGUAUGUACAU